AUGAUCAAAGCUGCUUCCACCAGAGCAACCGCUCCUCUUCAAAGAGCUUCGACUCGCGCUGUCCGUGGUAUCAAGCACACACCCCGUGCUUUCAACCAGCCAAAGCCCGUCGUGGAGGUCCCUGUUGUCAAAGCUCCAACUCCUCCUCCUAUCAAGGCAACCAUUGAUACUCCACCCCCUCCCAAGACCUCGUGGACCAAGUUCUUGUUCAGAACUACUCUUAUCACCUCAAUUCUUUACGUCGGUACCUUGUAUGCUGCCACCAAAAAUGAUGACUUGAUGGACUUCGUCAUUGACAAGAACCCUCCAUACUACGAAGAAAUCUUGGACUUGAUUGAAAACGGAUCGGUUGAUGACUUGAAGAAGAAGUUGGAAGGCUUGCAAUCCAAGAUCUCCAACUUGGAAUUGCCUUCCAAGGACAAGAUUGACCAAAUAACCCACAAGUUGGAAAAGUCGGGCGAAGAUUUGAUCAAGGAAACAAAAGAAAAGAUCGCUUCCACUGCUGAGGGUGUUUCUUUCAACUCCCGUGAUGCUACUCCAGCCCAACAAUUGCAGAAGCCAGUUGAAAUUGAGAGUGUCAAGAAAGACAUCAAACAAUUGCCAUUGAUCCAAUUGGGUAGUGAUGUUGUGGAUGAUUCCGUCAAGUCAACCGUCGCUGCUUUCAACAACUUGAUCAAGUCCAUCGAUGCCAGUAAGAUUGCCGGUGGUUCCAACUCGAACUUGAUUGCUACCAUCAACCAAUCCGUUGCUCAAUUAUCUAACAAGUUGAAGGCUUUGACCAAGGAUUUCGAUGAUGAAGUGCAAAGCAAGUUGAAGGUUUCUCAAACUGAAUUAUUAUCUUCAUAUACCAAGAAGGAGUUGGAAUUAACAGAAAACAUGUUACAUCAAUACAACACUGAAAAGACCAAAUUGGAACAAAAGUUGAACAACAGAUUGACUCAAGAAAUUCAGGCCACCAAGGAGGCUAUUUCUCAAGCCGCUGUCAACGCAGUCUCUAUGGUCAGAAUCGAGCAAACCAAGAACUUUGAAAAGUUGAUCAAGGACAAAAUCGAUGAAGAAAGAGAUGGUAGAUUAGCCAACUUUGACAAAUUGAGCAACAGAUUGACUGAAUUGGAGUCUUUCGCUGAAAGCUUAGAAUCUCAAUUGGUAGCCAACCACCAAAAAUCAUUGAUCAACCAAUCUUUAACUAAGUUGAAGUCAGUAUUAUUCACAUCCGACGAAACUGCAAAGCCACAAUUGGUUAAGCCAUAUGUUGACAAUUUGGCCAAGAUUUCACAAGACUCUAAGGAUGAAGUGAUAGAAUUAGCAUUGAAGGAUUUACAAAAGUUACUCGAAAAGGAAUCCACCCAAUCGAUUUUGACUACUUCUCAAUUGUUAGGUCGUUGGGAAUUGUUAGUUCCAGAGUUGAGAUCUGCAUCCUUAUUACCACCAAACGCUGGUUUGUUGGGCCACUUAACUUCUGCCUUGUUCUCCAAGUUUUUGUUCCCAGUCAAGGGUAACAGACCUGAUGGUAAGGAUAUUGAAUCCGUGAUUGGUAGAGUCGAAGCCAGCUUGGUGAGGGGUGAGUUGGAUGUUGCAGUUGAGGAAGUAACCAAUUUGAAGGGAUGGUCAAGAAAGUUGGCCGAUGAUUGGGUCAUUGAAGGUAGAAAGAGAUUGGAGGCCGAAUUCUUGAUUGGAUUGAUUGAAGCCGAAGCCAAGGUAUUAUAG